AUGCCUGUAAAUUCUUGGAAACAAUUUUGGUUUUCUCUCGAGCACCAUUAUUUUACGGUGUCUUUGUGGCAUUCGUGUGUAAACAAGGAGGCUGGGCUAAUUACGCUAUUGCUGCUCCUUAUUGUGGCUUUAGUAGCUUCAGCUGUCUCUGCUGAUGAAGGCAAAGCAUUCGAACUUGGAUGUCCAGAAGGCUUCUGUCGGUGCCUUGGCCUUUUUGGGUUGUUCGAGAAAAAGCCCAGUGAAGUUAUAGUGAAGCAACUAAGACUUUCUUUCAUCAAGGCGCCUCCUAUGGUUGCAAUAAUCUCUGCAAAGGCGCUACUCGAUCUGGGAAUAUGGCACAGUCUGGAUGAAAUGGACAGCGCCAUGAACUGUAAUCUCUCGUCACAACUCCGUAACCAUACAACAUCACUAGCCCCCAUUGAUUUUUGCAACGAAAGCGAGGAUUCGGAUAUCGAGCUUCUCGAUCUAUUAUUUGUGGGGCUUGGGCAUGAUUGGGGUGAUUUUGGGGAGAUGGAGGAUAAUCAAUCAAUUCAAGGCGUCCUUGGAGAAGGUUUGGCAAAGAUACUUCUUUUGAGCAAUAAGUUUUCAGGAUCACAUGUUUCAACACAUUACCUGGUACUGGCUAAGCUCGUCAGCUUGUACUUCAGUAGUGAGAACGAUGAGCUCCAGAGGUUGAAACAGUGCCCGUCAGUUUUCUUCGAGCACUAUCCAUCACUUUCGGCCAAUCAUAAGAAGUGCAUAUCAAAGGCUUUUAUGCCUUUUAUACGUUCCUUGUGGCCUGGUAUUCAUGGUAAUGCUUCGGGAUCUAGUCUGAUGGUGUCUAACAUGCGUAAGCGUGCUGCACAAGCAUCACGGUUUAUGCUGCAAAUGAUGCAAGCCCCUUUAAUUGUGAGAGAAUCAACAAAGGCAGACAAUAUUGAAGGGGAGGAUCUUGUUCCUUCAACUGAUUUUGAGAACGGAGAGGAAGGGCUGGCAAUAUGUAUUGCAGUAGAGGAGGCUGCAAAGUUCAUGCGGGGAAUCUUAAAUCAAGUGAUUGUGUCUGUGGCUGCUGAAAAAGACCUCACAAAGGAAUUGAGACGGAUGGCUGAGCGCCUACAGGCAAUAGAUCAAAAUCCAGAAGUGAAAAUUUCGCCCGACAUGAAUCCCACGUAUCACGCGAUACAAACGGAGUUCGAUUAUGGGAUUCUGAUCCGCAAAUUUCGCCAUUACCUAAAAUCAGAUUUGCUUGUUUGGGCAAAAUUUUCUGUUACAAAUUUACAAAUUCUGAUCUGCAAAUCUGAUCACUACAUCAGAGGUUACGACUACUUCAAGAGUGAUGCUGACAAUGAUUGGGAUUUUGCCCCGAAUGAUGAUGCGGACAACUUUGCAGCUCAUUUUCUUGGUAAGCCUAGUGGUCAGCAUGGACAAGUUCAACCUUUUACAUAUGCAGACAUACUCCAAAUGUACAAGCUUGUGAGUAAAGUUGUGCACGAAAGACUGUCCCACCUUUUUCCAGAUCUUAAUUCUAAGUAUCAGGAUAACCAUUCCGUUGCUGAAAAGUUAAAGCACCAUCCUAAGUUUCUGGUGGGGCAGUCUUUCGCGCACAGCUUGGCUCACAAGAUUGUACAUUUGGAGCAUGUCUCCAUCUGUAAAAGGUGGAAUUUGUCCAUGCUGACCACUAGGCUUACUAAGAAAAUGAGCUGCAAAGUUGUUCGCAUCCUGAUUCGGGGCAAAAUCCCAAUCAUUGUCAGCAUCACUCUUGAAGUAGUCAUAACCUCUGAUAAUCCCAUAAUCAAACUCCAUUUGUAUCGCGUGAUACAUGGGAUUCAUGCUGGACGAGCGAUUUUGAAGGAGAUCGUGUACGCCGUCGAUAACUUGGGCAACCCACUAAUGGAGCCGGUGGCUAUUUGGCUUGCUGGAGACGGCCUCCAACAGGAUAAGGAAUUCCUUAUCGCCCGAAUAGUCUCGAAGAGGUGA